AUAAUUACACACAGACAAUUUAAAAUUACAGUAACAUUGAAACCAUUUAACAUGAGCUUUCACAAUAUCUCAAUACCGUCUGGCUGCUGUGAUAAAAAUUUUGGUUUACUUCAAAAUAACAGUUCGUACGUAAAAGGUGUUCUUAUUUUAUCAGGGGUAGGAAUAUUAAGUCUGAUCACCGUUUUUGGAAAUCUUCUUAUUAUUUUAGCAUAUUAUAAUAACAGAAAAGUUCGAAAGCUUGCAAAUAUUCCAAUAGUGUCGCUUGCGGUUACGGAUAUGUUUAUUGGAUUGUAUCCUAUGAAUAUUAACGUAUUAGAAACAGCAUUAGGGGUUUGGCCUUUAGGCCAUAUCAUGUGUAAUAUAUCGUUAACCUUUGACUACGUAUCCGUUCAGACUUCUAUUAACCAUAUACUGUUAAUUAAUUUUGAUCGUUACCUAUCAAUUAAAUUUCCAAUGAAACACCGGUUACAACAAAAGACUUCAAAAGUUAUUUUUAGAAUAUUUGCUGUAUGGUUUUUUAGUUUUUUAAUAUGGAUUCCUUAUAUAAACAGCUAUUUAUAUGCAUAUAGAGAUAAGUUUGAGCAUAAAAACUGCUACAAGAAUUUUUCAGGUCAAAACACGUCUAGCUUUAAAACUAUCUUUCUUAUCAUUACCUCUGUUGUGGGCUAUUUCAUGCCCCUGGGUAUUGUUUUGGUAAUUUAUUUCAAGAUGUAUAAUAUUAUUAGGUUGCAGCUCAAAGAAUCAACUCAAAAUCGUAGUACUCCUCCAUCCCAAGAAACUUCAAGAAUUAUGGAAGGAAGUAACGUUGCUUGCUACUCCAUACGUUCACCUAAUCCCAUUGAAACUAGCUGUUACAUAGUACCUUCAACAAACUCUAUAAAACUAACUCACGAAGAUCAAAAGAAACAGCUUGAUUUAAUAAUAAAACAAAAGCGUUUAAUUAGACAUAAGAAGUCAUUACGGAUGAUUGCAAGCAUUAUUUUAGCAUUUGUCGUUACUAUGUUACCUCUUAAUGCUCAAUGGUUUGUAAAUGGGGUUUGCAAAAAGUGUUAUGAUGAAUCGUUGUUUACAAUUUUUAAUUUUAUGACAUAUCCUAAUUCAACAAUAAAUCCAUUCCUUUACGCUUUUGUAAGUCGAACUUUUCGGUUGCAGUUUAAAAGAAUUUUAUUUAGAAAGAAACGACUUCGAGAAGUUGAACAGCAAGCUAGACAUAAUUCUGAUUAUGUACGACCAACUGAACAAAAAAUUAAAGACUUGGAUGUAAGCGAGUCUUCUUAAUAGAAAAUUUUUUCUUAAAAAUAUUUUAAACAGAAUAAAAUUGUCAA